CCCGCAUCCCCAACCCUCCCAGAGCCGCUUUCUCCUUUGACACCCGUUGACGCUUUCGCCCAGCUCUAAAAGCCGCCCCCGUCCUUCCUCCCUUCUUCUCCAUAACCUUCCCCCCCCCCACCCCCGACAGCUUUUCCCAAAUAAUACCAGCAGCCAUUUCAUCUCCACCAAAGUAGAUACAUACAUACACACGCGCGGGCGCGCGGACACACACACACACACACACACACACACACGCAAACCAAACAAAAAAAAAUAUAAUUAAAAAAUGGCAGAAAUGGAGAAAGAAGGGAGACCUCCAGAAAAUAAAAGAAGCAGGAAGCCGGCUCAUCCCGUGAAAAGGGAAAUCAAUGAAGAGAUGAAGAAUUUUGCAGAAAACACCAUGAAUGAGCUCCUUGGCUGGUAUGGUUAUGAUAAGGUUGAAUUAAAAGAUGGAGAAGAUAUUGAAUUCAGGAAUUACUCUACAGAUGGAGAGAGCCGACAGCACAUUUCUGUUCUCAAAGAAAAUUCUUUGCCAAAAACAAAAUUACCUGAAGACAGUAUUAUGUCACCGUACAAUAUAAACACAAACUAUCCAGGGCUUACCACAGGAAAUGGAAUCUCAGACUCACCAGCAGGAUCAAAGGAACAUGGCAAUGUACCCAUUAUUGUACCAUUAAUUCCACCACCUUUUAUAAAGCCACCAGCAGAAGAUGAUAUAUCAAAUGUACAAAUCAUGUGUGCCUGGUGCCAGAAAGUGGGAAUCAAACGCUAUUCUCUGAGUAUGGGGAGUGAAGUGAAAUGCUUCUGCAGUGAAAAAUGCUUUGCAGCUUGCCGGAGAGCAUACUUCAAAAGAAACAAGGCUAGAGAUGAAGAUGGACAUGCUGAAAAUUUUCCCCAGCAGCACUAUGCUAAGGAAACUCCAAGACUUGCCUUCAAGAAUAACUGCGAACUACUUGUGUGUGACUGGUGUAAGCACAUAAGACACACAAAAGAGUAUCUGGAUUUUGGGGACGGGGAAAGAAGGCUUCAAUUCUGCAGUGCAAAAUGUCUCAAUCAGUACAAAAUGGACAUUUUCUACAAAGAGACACAGGCCAAUCUUCCAGCUGGACUCUGCAGCACAUUACAUCCUCCAGUAGAAAAUAAAGCAGAAGGCACUGGGGUGCAGCUGCUGACUCCAGAUUCUUGGAAUAUAUCGCUAGCAGAUGCUCGGAGAAAGGCCCCAUCCCCUGUGUCUGCAGCUGGCCAAAUUCAAGGUCCUGGACAAUCCACGUCUACCACUGCCUCUCCGUCUGAUACUGCCAACUGCUCUGUCACUAAAAUCCCAACACCAGUUCCCAAACCUAUUCCCAUCAAUGAGAAUCCAAAUAUUCCACCGGUUUCUGUUCCACCACCUGCUAGUAUUGUGCCUCCAAUUGGUGUCCCACCUCGAAGUCCUCCCAUGGUGAUGACAAACCGUGGACCAGUUCCCUUGCCCAUAUUCAUGGAGCAGCAAAUUCUGCAGCAGAUUCGUCCACCGUUUAUUCGAGGGCCACCUCAUCAUGCGUCAAAUCCAAAUAGCCCUCUGUCCAAUCCAAUGAUUCCUGGAAUUGGCCCACCACCGGGUGGUCCUAGAAAUAUGGGACCCACUUCCAGUCCAAUGCAUAGGCCAAUGCUUUCCCCUCAUAUCCAUCCUCCAACGACUCCAACCAUGCCUGGAAAUCCUCCAGGCUUACUUCCCCCUCCACCGCCAGGAGUUCCUUUGCCCAGUCUGCCAUUCCCUCAUGUAAGCAUGAUGCCAAAUGGUCCUAUGCCCAUGCCACAGAUGAUGAACUUUGGUUUGCCAUCUCUUGCCCCAUUAGUGCCACCACCAACCCUUUUAGUGCCAUAUCCUGUUAUUGUUCCACUUCCUGUCCCAAUACCAAUUCCAAUCCCCAUUCCUCACAUUAAUGAUUCCAAGCCCCCAAAUGGCUUCUCAAGCAAUGGGGAAAGCUUCAUUCCAAAUACACCCAAUGACACAACAGGGGCUAAGCCAACAAGUAACUCUGUGUCCCCGAGGAAUUCUAAACAAGGCCCUUCCAAACCUUCUGAUUCAUCACCAAGCUGCUCAGGCCAGUCCUUAAAUCAAACCCAAGUGCAUCAGCAGCACAGUAAAAAUGAAGUUGUUGAUUUGACUGUGAGAUCGACUAGUCCUGUGAACAACAAGUUUGGUUUUCCUACAGUACUACAGGGACCACAGGAUGGUGUGAUAGACUUAACUGUAGGUCACAGGUCUAGACUACACAAUGUUAUCCACAGGGCUUUGUAUGCUGAAGUCAAAGUUGAACAUGAAUCUAGCAGUGUUGUGAAUCUGACUUUGGGGAGCUCAGAGAAAAGGAACUGCAGUGACUGCAGAAAAAAUUGCAGCCCCACCGAAACAAAGACAUUACCGGGUGGUGAUCCACCUCACUGCGGCUCCCUCCCAGUUGCCUCUGGCACUCCAGAAAAUGCUGCUGCUGCAGCCUGCAAUGUCAUUGUGAAUGGCACAAAAGGCCCCGAGGUUUCUAAGAACUCAGAAACCCCCCAAGAGCAGAAAAAGACUCCACUUCAACCCUGUUUGCUGGAGGAGCUGCCAGUGAGUGAGCUGGAAUCUGUUAAGGAGAAUAACUGUACAUCAAACUGUCGCCGAGAAGGAGAGUCUGGUAAGAAGACGGGGGAAGAGUCUUUGUUUGGGGGAGACAAACAAGAUCCCAACCUUAACAAUCCAGCCGAUGAGGAUCAUGCGUAUGCUUUGCGGAUGCUACCCAAAGCAGGCUGCGUCAUCCAGCCUGUACCCAGACCAGCGGACAAGACUGCUAUUGGACCCUGCAUUAUUUCAACACCAAUUCUCAGCACAGGGCCAGAAGAUCUAGAGCCCCCACUGAAAAGGAGGUGUCUCCGAAUUCGAAAUCAGAAUAAGUAAAGGAAUGCUGAUAUUGACAGGGUACCUUGCAUGGAGAAAGGGAGCAGAGCAAUCAGUGCUACUUUACCAGACAACACCAGCUGGUCCACUCGCCACCAUAUCUGGUCAGACAUCAAGAAAACAAAGCCAUUUCCCAUCAUUUCUUUCAGAGGGAAGGCUAAAACCCUAGGGUGCCUUUGGGUCAGGAGACUGUAAGCACAUCAUGGACCCCUCAAAAGUACUCUCAGCAUUCCAAUGACCACACCCCCUUCUCCCUAAACCUUUGGUUUUUUGCCGAUGGAGGAUUUUCCUCUGAUUCUAAAGCCACAUGGACCAAUGUAUGUACUUUUUUUCCCCCUCAUAGACUUCAAGGUUCAAAUAUUUGAAGGUGGAUGAUGAAAUUGAUCCCCAC